AUGGCCGCGGUCCCGGGUUACCGCGUAGGACGCGACAGAAACACUGCCUAUUCUGAAGGUCACUCUAGCCGCGGUGCCUGGCGUAACCGCGUAGACCGCGCCGUUGCCUCAGUACAUGCAACCUUUGGGACCCAAAUUGCCAAAACACGCAAUGUUAGGGCUCUCCUAAACCCUAAAUUAAACGGGUUCACAGUGAAUUUAUCUCAAAGAGAUGUCGGUGAGCAAAAUUCGCGCAGCAAGCAGACAGCCAUGAAAGCCCUUUUGAACACAAAGAUGGCUGAAGGAUCAUCGAUCAGGGACCAUGUUCUGAAGAUGAUGAGUCUUCUGAAUGAACUGGAGGUACUUGGAGCUGUGAUUGAUAAGGAGUCUCAAGUUGAGAUGGUCCUGCAGACUCUGCCUAACAGUUUUUAA